UCACUUCCGGCCGUGCGUAGUUCCCAAUUGGCUCGCCGGCGGCCAAUCAGCGAGGAGCGAGAAGAAAGCCAACAUGGCCACCUUGGCUGGGGGCAGAGCGGGCAGAUCGCUCCUUCUGAUACACCAAGUCUCCAACGUCUGCCGGCGUGGGAUUGGUGCGCUUCUGGGCCCAUCAUGGGAGAUUGGGAGCACCCUUGAGACUCCAUGGAGCCACCAGCACAUCCGCACCAAGGCCCGGGGCAACGAAUACCAACCCUCCAACAUCAAGCGCAAGCACAAGCAUGGCUGGGUUAAGCGGAUCCGCACUGCCAGCGGGAUCGAGGUGAUUCUCCGGCGGAUGCUGAAAGGACGGAAGUCCCUCACCCACUGAAUGCCAGCUAUCCGGAAACUGGACAAAGUUGAUCCAAUUUGGCUGAAGGUUUCCAUUGCUCAGCUGACCACCAAUCAUUUCUGACAAGACCUGCCUCUUUUUGUACAGGUCAAAAUGACAAUUCAAUUGCUGUGUACUGGGGAGGGAGGAAGGAAUAUUGCUUAUUAAAAAAGGUAUUAUCCCAAA